GCAACACUACAUUUUUCAGUCAAUCAGCAAUGGGGAUGCUGUUAAUUCGUUUUAAACCCAAUUUCUUGGGUUUAUUGAAAUCUUUGAACAGUAUAAACUGGUUAAUUGUGUUCUUUAGUUUAUUAAAUCUUUCUGAAUGCAUUUACGAGGAUCAGAUUGGAAAAUUCGACUGGCGUCAAACUUACGUUGGCAGGAUAAAAUUCUCCCAAUUUGAUACAGUAUCCACGGCUAAGAAAAUUAUUGUGGCUACAGAAGAGAAUGUUCUUGCGGCGUUGAAUUUGAAGACAGGUCAGGUAGUAUGGCGUCAUGUGUUUGAGACGGGCCCAUCAGGCAAUAUUCAGCUGUUGCACCUCUCGGAGAAUGUGGUGACAAUCACAGGCUCAAAUCCAUACCUUGUGAGGGGAUGGGAUUCUGACACAGGCGUGUUACUCUGGGAGUGGUCGCUCACGCUGCAGAGCGGUGAGGCGAUGUCGCAGUGGAGCGCGCGACGCGACGUGCUGGUGCACGUGCAGCGCGCGCACGCGCACUCAGCGCUCGCGCUGUCGCAGUACGCGCUGCGCUCGGGGCACAACAGCGGCCUCACUUCCAAGCUGCCCGCGCCUUGGGUUAAUGACGGAUGUAUACUGAGCGGUCCAUACUACAUAUGCAUCAGCGGACCCGAAGGGAGCGAAAACUUGAUCGCAUUAGAUGUUACCUCGAACACUGUUCAGAUCAUAAGCAAACCGCUUUCAACAUUCACAGCACAACCGAGCCCGCUCAUGCGCCCGCUAUCGCACAACACUGUGACUCCCGGAGUCAUUCUAAAUGGCAAAGUGGUGGUGCUAAUAAAGGAUAAUAGCUUUGAAGUGGCUAAGGUCCAGUUACUCGACCGUUUGGCGUCAGCCCUGGUGACUGAUACGGCCACAGGACCAAUAUUGGUGCAAACAUGGACUGAUGAUUCAAAGCAAUUCCACCUGCACGCGCACAGCCUGCAGUCCGGGCAGCAGCUGGAGCACGCGAGGCCGCCGCAGCAGCAGCAGCAGCAGCAGCAGGCCGCGCCGCAGCCUGAGCUGGCGGCCGUCACGUGCGCGCGCGCGUGCCGCGUGCUCGUCACCGGCGCCGACCAUUCCGUACACUUGUUGCAGCUAGAUGGUCGCGUGUUGUGGAGCCGCGAGGAGGCGCUGGCGGCGGUGGUGGCGGUGGAGUUCGUUGACCUCCCCGUCUCCGACCUGGAUGCCGCCAUCGAAUCUGAGUUCGAUCAGAAAGAAGCUGCCAAGAUGUAUAGUUCAAUCUGGGCGGCGUUCUCCCGUCGCCUGCACACGCAGUUCCAACAGCUGCACACGUUGUUGACGUCGUUUGACGGACAGUCCCAAGCCAGCAAGGAUAGCCAGUCUCCGCUUGUGAGGGAUUACUUCAAUUUGCACAAGAUUAUAGUGCUGGUUACCAAAGUCGGCAAGAUCUUCGGCAUGGACAAUCUCUCCGGCGAGAUCCUGUGGUCCCGACACGAGCCCGCGCUGGACGCGCGUCACACUCUGCUGUUCACGCGCCGCUCCGCGAGGCACCCGCCGUUGGACGCAUAUCUCACUAUAGUCGGGAAACAUGUGGAGACAAAAGAAGGCCUAAUUAUCAGUAUCAAUCCGAUCCGCGGCACUCCGGUCGGCGAACGCUUCAUGAAGCUCGACACUCAGUUGUUACAAGUGGCGAUAUUGCCCAACGCUGACGAAGAGAAGCUACAUGCUCUGGUCUUACUGGACAGCGAUGAAAAUGUGCAGGUACUACCGGGAUCAGCGGCGCCACUCGUCGAGAACUUGUUCAUGUAUGUCGCGCACAAGGACACCGCGAAAGUCAACGGAUAUGCUCUCAGAUACGAUGGAAGGACGGUAACAGCGUCGCGCACGUGGUCGCUGCAGCUGCAGGGGCACCGCAUCGCGGCGUUACGCGGGAAACCUCGCGAGCGCGUGCACUCGCCCGGCCGCGUACUCGGCGACCGCCAGCUGCUGUACAAGUACCUCAACCCCAACCUCGUGCUGUUCGUCACCGAGGGACCAGACCUCACGCACAAAGACGUGGUGGUGGCGACGUGCGUGGACGCGGUGUCGGGCGCGGUGGUGACGUCACAAGCGCAGCGCCGCGCACGCGCAACGCCUCUCGCGGUGCACACGGAGAACUUCAUGGCCUACCUCUAUUACAACGACAAACAUCGACGCACUGAGAUUGCAACGAUGGAGCUGUACUCCGGGCACCAGCGCUGGCUGGGCGCGCACGCGGCGUUCAGUUCGCUGUCGGCGUCGCUGGCGCCGCUCGUGGACCGCGCGGCCUACAUCCUGCCGCAGCCCGCCUCCGCCGUCGCCGGCACCGCCACCGAGCGCUCGCUCACCGACAAACAUGUGCUGCUGGCGAUGUCAACGGGCGCCAUAAUAGAAAUGCCGUGGGCGUUCCUCCGGCCCCAGCGGCCCGUCAGCCCCACCCCGGAGACCCAGGAGGAGGGCCUCAUCCCCUACGCGCCUGAGCUGCCGCUCCCAGCAGACGCUAUCAUCAACUAUAACAACACGUUACAUAGGAUCCAUGCGAUAUACACAGCGCCGUCAGGGUUGGAAUCUACCAGUUUGGUGUUAGCUACUGGAUUGGACCUAUUCUACACGCGCGUGGCGCCAUCAAAAACCUUCGAUCUUCUGAAGGAUGAUUUCGACUACUACCUGAUCACCAUCGUACUGGUAGGUCUGAUCGUAGCCUCGUACAGCACCAAGUACUUUGCCUCCAGGAAGAUGCUCAAAAUGGCUUGGAAGUGAUUUGGUGAUAGACAGGUUUGUAUAUCUUAAUAUCUGAAGCUUUGACAUGGACAGGUUUUCUUGUGGCUGUAUGACAAAGGAAAAUUAUCUGACUAUGAAUUCUCUUAUUGUCUUCAACUCGGGGCAGAAAUGUCAUUUAGCUCUUAUUUGAUAAAAUAAGGUCCACUGUAUUGAAUUUAUAAUGGUAUCUUAAAUUAACAUUUUAAUUAUUAUGGCAACAUUUAACACUAAAAUGUUUCGGUUUACAAUGUUUUACCUUUUGAUAUUUGUUGUGUAGCCACAUGAAGACGGACAAACAUUAUACAUUUGUAAUUUUAAUAUAGUUACGAUCAACUCUGGAAGUUAAGUUUUAAUCUGAAAUAUAAUAGAAUUUUACAUAUUAAAAAUUUAGCAUUUGGCCUCACUGCCAAUAAAAAGGCGUCUUCAAGAACCGACCAAUCACAAUGCUCGAUGCGUCUCUAUGAUUGGUCAAAUUUAGAAUCGUACUAUACCUUAGCACGAUUCUAAAUCCCAAACUUUAUUGACAGUGAUCCUAAAAGGCAAUAUCUUUACUAUUUAGGAGAAUAAAUGAAAGCCACUGCCGUUAAAAUACAGGCCAAAUGCCUCUAGUUAUAAUAGGUAGACUAUAUGAACGAAUAGGAGUGGUCGUGCUUAGUGAGUGUUCACAUAAGUUAACUACGUACGCAACAUAGUCGGGUAAUAUCCGAUCUAAUAACGUAUUAUCAUUCUAAUUGUUUUGUCACGGGGUGGUUUGUAAAAAUAUAUAUUUUAUUUACGAGGGAAUGGAGAUGCAAUGAUCCCUUUUUGAAGUAUUGCAACAUAACUUUAUAAAUAAAUAAGACAGAUACAUUAGUGUGGUGUGAAACUUCAAUUCGUAUGAUAUAAUAAAAAAUAUUCUAAAGUAUUAAGCUUAAUUAUUCUAAUUAGUAGACAAAUUUAGAUAUUGAGGCCUUGAGAAAGUGGUCCCAGUAGAAUGAAUUAUUCCGAUCCGGACCCGAAAUCCUAACCAGGUCGUGGGAUAGGUUAGGAAAUUAAAAAAAUAUUUAAUGGGGUGUUUUGUCACUAUUUCAUUAUUUUUUGAGCACUUUAGCCUGCAAUAUAAUUUUUGUUUCAAAAUUUAAGUUAAAAUCAUAUGUUGAACGGCGAAACGAUCAAUUUUAUUUAAUUAAAGGACAAGAUUUAUUGACAACUCUUGUAAUAAGAUCCCUAUUGUGACCAUCUUAAGUCCUAAAUUAUUAAGCGAUCGGCCAUCGCCAACUAAGUUAGAUUAGCUUGGAGUUAGCUAGAGAUGGAUGUUGAGGAAUAUUUCGUCUUUAUAUUAUAAACGAUUAUUACAGAAUUGUCGAAGUCCUACAAUUUUCAGUUCUUCAUAUUUUAAGUUGUUUAAUAGUCGGAUGUAAAAAUUAGCUAGUGCAAUUUAGAUGUAUUAUUUAUUAAGAGUGGUUUGUAAAUGAUUUAAUAUAUUUCAAUCGGAACCAUUCCAAUAUAAUAUCAUUGUAAGAAACUAAAAAUAUAGUAGUCAUAGUGUUCGUGUAACAUGGGCUUCGCUUUGUCAGGCGCGGUCGCAGUAUUUGGAAGGGGGAGACACUAAUAAGAAAUAUGUCGAAUAAAUUAGAUUUUAUUGCACACUUUUCUAAUUACACAGCAAUAUUUUUUUUUCUCUCAGUUACAACUGCCUACUGUCACAACAUUCACACGAUCAAAUAAAAGCAUUUUGAGUAUCUGCAAUAAAAAGUCAAAUUACGUAUUUAGUAGAUAUGUUGCAAUCUUUGCGCCUGCGCCUUAUGUCAGUCAUCUUUUCGAAUACCAUAGGAAUGAAAUAUUCCUUAUUUGGAAAUUCCUAGUUAAAUACUAGGCGAUGGCGGCUCUGUUAACGCCAAUUUUUUUAUAGCACAAAAGUUUGAGCACUAUCGAGUCAUUAUUAUGACAUCAUAAGCAAACCCGAUGCCCAAAUUAUAAGAACGUUUAGGUUGUAUAUAGUGAUGUACCGUUCUCAAAAUUUUCGAGAAUGCACGGACAGGACCCGGAAAUAUUUUCGAAAAUUCCCGGGAAUUUUCUUCAUAUCGUUUUUGCGAAAUUUCUGAGAACAGAAUUACUCAGAGGCACAUCGCUAGUUGUGAAUCGCGAUCGUAAUCUAGCGGUCGUGACGGCUCUUAAUAAUGAGAACAUCGAUGAAUUUAUAAUGUAUUUGUUUACGUAUUUAAAUCGUUGGUAAACAAUCUUUACAUGCCUUUUUAUGGAAAUAUUCACUUAAAAUAUAUUAGCACAUUUCUGAUUUAUAAAGUAAUUAAUCUGCCAAGAUUUUGAUUUUCAAGUGAAUAUUUCAAUUAUAUUUUAUCUACAAAUACAGUCAUAUACACGAAUAGACCAAGACUACUGACUACCAUCGUUCGUUGCUAACAUUGAUUGACAUAAUGUAACACGACUUUAUACCACCACAUUUGUGCAUUUUUGGUCGAAAAAGUGUUAUAACAAACGUUGAAAUACUUAUGUUUUGUUUUAAUAUUAUAAUGUUAGGAUUUCGAGUACAUGGUGUACUGGGUAAGGAAUGUUUAUUAAUUUUAAGCAAACUUUUUUUUUUUCAUAAAUAUUUUUAUUGUAUAUAAAAAUAUUUAUAUAAAAGCAGUCUUGUAGCGCCUUUUGUAAAUUGUGUGGAGCAAUUCGUUAGAAAAUGUUUUAUAAUUGCACUUGUAACUCGUGUAGGAUAUUGAUAUCACCAGUAACUAAUUAGCUCCGAAAUAACAGUAUGUUUAAAUUUGCUCAUAAAAAUGUUGUCUAUAUCUAGAAUAAACAUAUGAUUUUUUGUUAAUCUUUUUACGAUUUGUAACUGUUGCAUUUUGUACUUUGUUAUUGUUCUGCUUUGUGUAAGUACGUAUAGUGCCCUUUUGAGUUUCUCUUUCUACUGUAAUCAAAUAGACAUCUCUAUAUUCACAUUGGCAAAUGUCAAAGUGAGUAAAUAUUCCCUAUAUGAUAUUCAAACACAGGAUGUUAUAAAAUAUUAGACACCAUUUGUUGUCUCUCUUCUUUAGCAAAUAGUUACGAAAGUGCGACAAAGAUAAGAAGUGUUAUCUAACAUGCUGUGUGGCACAUAUAUAUUAAAUCGUAGAUCGCACGCCGAGACUUGUCUAUAGUUAAUCUGCACAUUACAAGUUUUUUUUGUUUACAAAUCUAAAACAGUAAUUGCACAUUUGUUGGUCAUGUUUCCAAUUAUGGCCAAAUAUAAAUAGCGGGUCUAAUUCAGUUCCUAAAUCUAAAGUAAUAUAAAUUAACGUCACGCGUCUCUAGGGAUACAUUUUCAAUUUUCACGAUCUUUUAGGAUACAUAUAUUGAAACUGUAAUUGGCCUGUUUGUUCAUAAGAAAUAAUCAAGAAAAAGUCCCCGUUCAUAGGAGAUAUUCAAGAAAAAGGGGUCUUUAUAGGGUAUAUAAUUGUAUAUGCUCGUGGUGAAUUCUACAAUUUUAAGGUUACCAAAUCAUUUGUAAGGUAUUAAGUUACGGUAUGGUCUAAAAUAAUUUUAUUUAUCAUUUAUAAUGGAAUGGAAUGGGAGUUUGUCUUACCUCACAUCUUACAAUGUAAUGAAAUCACUUGAAGUAUCACAAAAUUUUGCCAAUUUAAAACAUCGACCAAGCAAAAAGGUAUUAUUAGUAUGCAUUUUUAAAUAUGCACGAGACUGAUUUCUCAAAGAUGUGAGUGGAUCAAUAGAAUAAACAUGUACAUUGAAGGGUAUUAUUUCAGUGAAUACUGUGUUUUAUAAAAUAAAAUAUUAAAUGCCA